AUAAUAGUAGCAUCGAGUUUUUUAUUAUUAUUAUUAACAUGUACUAUGUUGAAAGUUUUGUUAAUCGUGUCUUUCUGUUUCUGUUGCAUGGAUCUCGCGCAGGAGGAACUAGACAAAAAUCAACUGCUGCUACUGAAAAACGCUUUCGAUGCCUUCGACCGCGAGAAGAAGGGUAUCAUCAGCACCGACAUGAUCGGGACUAUUCUAGAAAUGUUAGGUCAUGAGCUUGAUGAUGACACGCUGAAUGAAAUCAUUGAUGAAAUUGAUGUUGAUCAUAGUGGUCAGUUAGAGUUCAAUGAGUUCUGCACACUCGCAGCAAAGUUUUUAACAGAGGAAGAUCAGGAUGACGAAACCAUGAGACAGGAACUGAAGGAAGCAUUCCGGUUAUACGACAAAGAAGGUAAUGGCUACAUAACGACAGAAGUACUUAAGGAAAUCUUCAAGGAAUUAGAUAACACAAUUUCGCCCGAGGAUUUGGAUAACAUGAUUGAGGAAAUUGACUCUGAUGGAUCGGGAACAGUAGACUUUGAAGAAUUUCUUGAAGUGAUGACUGGCGAAUAAAUUAUUGUAAAGCAAAUUAUACAAUUGCCUACUUCACAAAGACUAAAAUCUCAAUAAAUAAGACACAAGCAUGUUGCCUAAUUGUCUUAAUUCCUUUUAAUGAUUAAGGAUGUUAUUAAAUUUUUAAGGUUAUAAUAUUUUAGUGUACAAAUUACUGCGCGUAGUAGUUUAAACUAGUUUAAAUGUAAGAUAAAUAAAAUAAAAUAAUAAAAUCCAAA